AUGCCACCAUUCAGGCCUAUGAAAUUGUGCAGGAGCAUCACUCGGAGCUCUACUGCCCGUCCCCGGAGUUUAAAAGAAGCUGUUGAACAGGCUAUCCCAUUAAGACGCCAUGAACUAAAGGAAUUAAAAGCAUAUAGUAACAUGCAGAUUGAUAGUAUAACUGUUGGAAGCAUAAUAGGAGGAAUGCGGAACAAUAAGUCCAUGCUCUGGCAGGGAACCACUUUGGAUCCAUUUAACGGAAUCAAAUUCCAGGGAAAGACGAUCCAAGAGUGUCAGCAGCUACUACCUUGUUCACCCGACAAACAAUCGAAAAAGACCGAGUUCAUGCCGGAAUCUAUGCUUUGGUUGUUGAUGACUGGGGAGAUACCAAAAAAGGAGGAGGCAUUUGGUCUCAUGCAUGAGCUCUCCCAGCGCGGUAAGACACUUCCUCCCUUUGUUGAACAUAUUAUUGACAGUCUCCCGAGGACCAUGCACCCAAUGACACAAUUGGCAGUUGCACUGGCAUCCUUGAACAGUUCAUCCACAUUUUGCAAAAACUAUCAAGAUGGCGUCAUUGGGAAGGAGGAUUAUUGGCACUAUAUCUUUGAGGAUGCCUUAAACUUAAUCGCUCUUCUCCCUCAAUUGGUCGGGAAGAUAUACUCUAAUGUUACUAAUGAAGGAAUGCCAUUGGGUUAUUUUAAUCCAGAUCGUGAUUGGUCUUAUAAUAUUGCAUCUUUAUUAGGAAUGACUUACCGUGAUUCAGUGAACAAGCGGAACCUUACGAAAGAGCAGUGCGACGACUUCACCGAUCUAGUACGCUUAUAUUGUGGUAUCCACGUAGACCAUGAGGGUGGGAAUGUUUCCGCACACGCGACACACCUAGUAGGGAGUGCCCUCAGUGACCCAUAUCUCAGUUAUUCGGCUGGGGUAAUGGGAUUAGCAGGACCGUUACAUGGUUUAGCUGCACAAGAGGUCGUGCGGUUUUUGGUAGACAUGGCGGCACGAAUUGAUUCCCCUGACAACGAGAGUCAGGUAAGCGAGUAUCUAUGGGCGCUUCUUAAUUCCGGCAAAGUUGUGCCAGGCUAUGGGCAUGCUGUGCUACGCAAGCCAGACCCUAGAUUUGACGCUAUGCUCAGGUUUGUGGAGGCGCGUCCGCAGGAGUUUCAAGGUGAUCGUUACGUACAGCUAAUGAGGAAUUUGUCGAAGUAUGCUCCUAAAGUUUUAACCGAACACGGGAAAACGAAGAACCCCUUUCCUAAUGUUGACUCAGCGUCCGGUGUUCUUUUUUACCAUUACGGUAUACACGAUUUGUUGUUUGUAACUGUCAUUUUUGCGUGCUCUCGAGCAAUCGGGCCUCUAACUCAAUUGGUUUGGGAUCGUAUCCUAGGGUUGCCAAUAGAGAGACCGAAGAGCGUUGAUAUGGCUACACUCAGGAGGCUUGUUAACCAAAAUCUCCGGAAUGCCAAAUAG